CUCACAAGUCACAACAUCUAAAAAAAGCUUUCUUUCAAAAAAAAAAGGAAAACAUUUCCUGAAACAGAGCUUUCUCUUUCGUUUUUCAAAUUUUUUGCUUCCAAAUUACAUUUUUUCCAAUAUUCCGUUUGUGUUUGCGAUUGUUCGGCGCCGUAGAAAAGCGUUCGGAGCUUUUCUGCAUGGCGGUUUGUCUCCGGCGAAGAUCAAGCUCUGCAAAUUUCGCCGUUCCCACAAAAAUCAUUCGAACGGAAGCUUUAUUCGGUGUUUCCGCGAGAUGAGAAACGCAAGUUGAUGGGGAGAUUGAGAUUAGCGUUUUUGGCGAUCUCUCUCGUUGUUUUCGUUUGUGUUUCCGAGGAGAUUUUCUCUCGAGGCGGUCUAAAUCUCUUACGAUUCUCUGUUUAUGGCGAAGAUGUGGCAGAGCAAACAUGGAUUCAUCAAAAUCCGAGAAGGAAGCUGAUCAGUUAUCCAAAAAAGUUUAGUGUCUCUGCUCCAAAUUUAGCUUUCGGUCCUGCACCGAGUUUCGCGCCAGGACCUGGGCCAAGUUUUGCGCCAGGUCCUGCACCGAAUCCUCGUAGUUAUGAUUGGUUAGCACCUGCAAGUUCUCCAAAUGAACCUCCAGCUGAGACACCGGAUGAAUCGAGUCCCAGCCCAAGUGAGGAGACACCGAGUGUUGUUGCUCCUAGUCAAAGUGUUCCGGGUCCUCCUCGUCCUCCUCCACAACGGGAGAAGAAGGAUGAUAUCUUGAUGAAACUUAUCAUCGCGGUUGCUUCUACCGCUGUCUUAACGUUUGUUUUUGUUGCAUUGAUGUUCUUGUGUUGCUUCAAACGCAAUUGCAACAACGCGGUUGGUUCUAGAGAUGGACCUAGAGAUGAAGGACCACUUCUACGUUUAUCAACUGGAUCUACUGAGAACUCUCCCACCGUCGCAAGCACGAGCCGGAAAAUGUUUAGUGUUGCUAGUUCGAAAAAGAGGUCGUUUCUUUCUAGAGUAUCUUUAAAGAGAAAUGGUCAUGAGUUUUCAACGGCUGAAUCGUCAUCGGCAGCUGGACUUCCUCCGUUGAAGCUUCCCCCGGGAAGAUCAGCACCUCCUCCACCUCCUGCUGCUGCUCCACCUCCACAGCCACCUCCUCCUCCUCCUCCUAAACCACAACCUCCUCCACCGCCUAAAAUUGCUCGUCCUCCACCUGCACCUCCUAAAGGUGCGGCUCCAAAACGUCAAGGAAACACUUCCUCUGGAGAUGCAUCUGAUGUUGAUUCUGAGACUGGAGCUCCAAAAACAAAACUAAAGCCUUUCUUUUGGGAUAAAAUGGCUAACCCUGAUCAAAAAAUGGUUUGGCAUGAGAUUAGCGCCGGUUCAUUCCAGUUCAACGAAGAGGCGAUGGAGUCGCUUUUCGGUUACAACGAUGGGAACAAAAACAAGAAUGGUCAGAAGAGUACUGAUUCGUCGUUACGCGAAUCUCCUCUACAAUAUAUACAGAUCAUUGACACUAGGAAAGCUCAAAACUUAUCUAUUCUUCUUCGAGCUCUGAAUGUAACAACAGAGGAAGUCGUUGAUGCCAUCAAAGAAGGUAAAUUCACCAUCUCUUUCACCAUUUUUGUUUAAGGACUUAAAGUUUCUUUCUUCUCUGUGUCAUAAGGUAAUGAGCUCCCAGUGGAGCUUCUACAAACAUUGCUGAAGAUGGCUCCAACUUCAGAAGAAGAACUCAAACUUAGACUAUACUCGGGAGAUCUUCACUUACUUGGCCCGCGGAGCGGUUCUUGAAAAUUCUUGUUGAUAUACCUUUUGCAUUUAAACGUAUAGAGUCACUUCUAUUUAUGAUCUCACUUCAAGAAGAAGUCUCUGGACUCAAAGAAGCUCUCGGAACUCUCGAGGUGGCUUGCAAGAAACUUAGAAACAGCAGACUGUUUUUAAAACUACUAGAGGCAGUUCUCAAGACAGGGAAUCGAAUGAAUGUUGGAACUUUCCGCGGUGAUGCGCAGGCUUUCAAGCUCGAUACUCUUUUGAAGCUCUCUGACGUGAAAGGAACUGAUGGCAAAACUACACUUUUACAUUUUGUUGUUCUUGAGAUCAUUCGUUCUGAAGGCGUUCGUGCUCUUCGCCUUCAGAGCCGAAGCUUCUCAAGCGUUAAAACCGAUGAUUCAAACGCGGAUUCUAGUCCACAAUCUGUGGACGUUACCGCAGCACGGGUCUUCAAGUGGUUACGGGGUUAACGACAGAGCUUGAAGAUGUCAAGAGAGCAGCCAUCAUAGACGCUGAUGGUUUGGCUGCAACAUUGGCGAAUAUAAGCGGUUCACUUACGAAUGCGAGGGAGUUUUUGAAAACAAUGGAUGAAGAGAGCGAUUUCGAACGAGCAUUAGCUGGAUUUAUAGAACGUGCAGAUGCUGAUUUUAAAUGGUUGAAGGAAGAAGAAGAGAGAAUCAUGGUUUUGGUGAAAAGCUCUGCUGAUUAUUUCCAUGGGAAGUCUGCGAAAAACGAAGGACUACGUUUGUUCGCUAUAGUGCGCGAUUUCUUGAUAAUGUUGGAGAAAGUUUGCAGAGAAGUUAAGGAAACUACAAAGACGACGAACCAUUCAGGUAAGAAGGAAAGCGAAAUGACAACUUCGGACAGUAAUCAACCGUCUCCGGACUUCCGACAACGUUUGUUUCCAGCGAUUGCUGAACGAAGAAUGGAUAGUUCGGAUGAUUCAGACGAUGAAGAGGAUAGUUCACCUUCGUAGUCUUUUGAUUUCACUAACGUUACUAGUGAGUUUGUAGCUAAUUUGAAGACCAAAGAUGUUCGAUAUUACUCUGUUUACUUGAAAAUCUAUAUAAUCGUAUAUUUGUAAAACUAUUUCCCUAUUCGUGAAUUAAAAGAUAGAUGAUGAUACGCAUUUUUAGAUUUCGAUG